UUGAAUUAUAUGGUGCACUUUCUAUGGGGUAGUUGGCUGGUUUAGAAAAUACAUGAAAAGAAAAGAGUGUCACUCGUAAAUAUAUAUCGCCAGAGUGUGUGGUGUAGGGUCUGAAUAUUGUCGCCGUUGUUUAAAAGAACCCUUCAAAUGGUUUCUUAGUAGGGAAGGUUCCUAUGGCGCCGUCUUUUGUUUUUGCCCAAGUGAUUUUACAUGCAGAGGCUUUGGUUUAUAGUACAACGCGGAAAAAAGUUCGUUUCAAUUUCCGAUGGUGUUAUUUCAACACACUGAUAACCCAGAAAGGGAGGUCAAAUUCAAAUUUUACGGUCGGCUGCAUUAAUGUCAACCGAAGGCUGUGUAAAAAUAAAAACACGCGCAGACAACAGGAACGAAAUCUAUUUUGUAACAAAGUGUCAAAAUCUAUUAUUCUGCGAUUUAAACAACAACCGUAGAGAUGAUAUUUUGUGCGGCCGUACCUUCACAGUGGAAAACGGUCAAUAUAAUGAAUUUAUCACGGUUGUAAAUGUAAAAUCUGAAGUAAAGCACCGUAGUCGCGAGCAUCACAACGAACAAGUUGAAAUUUCAUUGUUUUGUACCGGACAUUUGAUUGGCUGGAUUUGAAAAUGUUGGAAUCUAUUGUUUCAGUUCUGCCACCUGAUUGGUUUUCAUUGUCUGGGUGGCCCCGUUUUCAGUAAACGCGCUGUAACAAGGAGCAGACUUUUACCUACUUGGGAUAUCUGCUUUCAUUCGUACGUUAUAAGCUCGUUCUUUAUUGCCCCGAGCUGUUCUCUUUUGUUCUUCGAGCCAUUGGGGAGCUGGUGAUCCGAGAUGUAGCAUGUAACCCAAUACCACUUUGUUGCAAAUCGUUCAGGUGCUGUUGACGCCUCGACCUCCUCGAGAUUAAAGACAACGGCUGGAUAUUUAAAUCACAUCUAAAUCCCGAGCCAGCCACAAAAUGAACGAAUCUCUUCCUUCAAACUCUUCUCGUGAAGUAACCAGCGACAGCCAACGUAGUCUUGCGUUUAUUGCCACGAAUGUCUUCCUUGUGAUGAUAAUAAUUUUUGCCGUAUUUGGUAACACCCUGGUAUGUUUAGCUUGUGUGAUGUCGAAACGGCUUCAAAGUUUCACCAGUGCUUUCAUAAUCAGCCUCGCAGUGAGCGAUAUACUAGUUGGUGCAGUUUCCAUGCCAGUCUGGCUGUCAGUUAAUUUAACAGGAAAGCCAGAUGCCGUGAAUUUCCCAACGUUGUACAAAGCUUGGUUGUGUUUCGACAUCGUCUGUGGAACAGCCUCCAUCAUGAACCUUGUGUUCAUUAGCAUCGACCGCUUCCUGGCUGUCAAUCAUCCUCUUCGUUAUCCCAUCAUAGUCACUCGAAAUCGGAUCACGAUCGGAAUUGCAUUCAUCUGGAUUUAUUCUGUUACAAUAGCGGCUAUAAAUCCACUCAAAUGGCAGGACUACCCGUUGUUCGUCUCUUUAGCUUCGUUCUUCGUUCCUCUGUUAAUCAUGGUCGUCGCCUAUUCUCGGAUUUUCCACGUCGCCUUGACACACGCGCGCAGUAUCCGUCGUGUACACCCAGAUCAAUCAAUAACUAAUCGGAGAGUGGCGGAAAAUUUUAACCGCGACGUAAAGGCCGCCCGAACACUCAGCAUUGUGAUCGGUGCUUUUGUAGCGUGUUGGUGCCCGUUUUUCGUGGUGACGUUGGUGUUCACGUACUGUAAAUCUUCUUGCAGCAUUUCCGGCGAUGUAUUCGUCAUGAUGAAGUGGUUACACUACGGUAACUCAGCGCUAAACCCGCUUAUCUACAGCUGUUUGAACAGGAAUUUCAGGGCUGCUUUCAAGGAUGUUUUGAGGAGGAUCAAUGUGAACAGGACAAUGACGCAUGCGCACAGUGUGACUACAAGACAACUUACAACUUUCGACGCGCCUCACAGUCAAUCUUGGGCAAUUGAAGAGCUUGAUGACGCUAACAACAGAAGAAUCUAGGGCCAAGAAGCGAAAGAAGAAGGAAGGUUUAAAUGCUCUAAAAGCAAUCUUGUCCCAAAGGAAGCUCCCUUUGAAGCGGGAGACAUACUGAAAAUGAGAUGAAUUUGCAUAAAAAUCACUUGAAUAACACUGUAAUUAGCAAAAACGUAAAACAACAAAAUUGCUUUGUGAAUCAACAGGCCCUUUCAUCAACUUCAUUGCGAGAUGGAUCAAGAGAAAGUGCUUGUACGAAAUUGUAGCUUACUAUCUGUCACAAGCGAGGAGCCUGUCUUCCACAUAUAUGUUUAUAUCCCUUAUGAGCCCCCACGAAUAUAAGCAGCCCCCCGUCUCCAUCCAUUUAUAAUCCCACCCAAGACCCCUUAUGAAAUUGUUUGAGCCAAGGGCUUAUAGCUGGAAUUGUGCAGUACAUAUAGCAAUGGCAGCAGGCUCUCGUUUGACCAACACGUGCGAGCUAAGCGCGAACCCGCACCGAAAAACAAGUCGGCAAGCGAAGUGAGUCCGCUGGGAGUCAAACUUACUGAUCCGUUCUCGCGACCUCUCUUGACCCACGCAUAUGGGCUGUGCUAGGUUCGCAAGUUGUUGUAGCCAAAAUGUACAGUCGCCAUCUGUUUUUCUAACUAUGGUUAAUAGUGCUAAUGGUCCCUCUUCAAGACAAAAUAAGCCUCAUUUAAUUGGCUUGUUAUUGCAAUGAUACCUAUAAUGUGCACUUUUACAUAGAAAGUGGUUGAAAAGCAUACAGCGUAUAGCGACCUCAAACUGGGGAACAUUUAAUAUUUUAAGUAUCUUAUGCUAUUUUCACUUUGCGUGAGAUUGCCGUUAUUGGCUUGUGCGUUGCCUAAUAAUAAAGCACAGUACCUUUCUUUAAGCGUAAUAACCUAUUCAAUCAAAUGUCUUACAAUAAUGGACAUGAUGGGGCUUGAGUAAGCUCAUAAAAGGUCAAAGGCCCUCAUCUACUCUAACAACUCUGGACUCCUGCAACAGUUUAGGGUCCCCAUUUAGGAUCCCAGUUUUGUGUCCUAGUUUUGGGUCCCUGGACCAUUCAUGCUAUUUAAGCAACGCCUUCGAGGGGUAUACCGUGGAAUAUCCUACGAGUCACUUGUAUUUUCUCGGUUAAGUGAAAAGUGGGAUAUUACAUGAUAUACCACGAGAGAGCGUUGGAUAACUAUUCUAUACCAUGACAUAGAAAAUACAGUGGCCCACACAGUCAAUGCGACAUACGCGCGGUGCAUGAUGGGAAGGUUGGAUGUA